CUGGUGCAAUUAAUUUUUUACAGCCGCUCUGUGUGUUGUUGGUAAAAUGUCCGUUCGAAGCGUACUCUUUGCAGAGCAAUAGUAAUUUGUGUAUUUUAAUGAGUUGUGUGUUGGAAAAAGACCUGCAUUUCCAGUUUUAAUCGCAGAGUGACGUUCUUUGUACAAAUCGUUGCUAAAAGCUUUCCAAGUAAGAUACCGGAAUCGCCAUGAGCAACACGGAGAGUACCAGCAGCGGGGAUAGCAGCAAAAAUGCAAAAUCAGGCCUGGCUUACAAGGACAAAAGCAAACCGGCUGACAUCCGCUUGAGCAACAUCAAUGCUGCCAAAGCCGUGUCGGAUGCGAUCCGCACCAGUCUGGGUCCUCGUGGAAUGGAUAAAAUGAUCCAAGCCUCGAACGGUGAAGUCACGAUUACCAACGACGGUGCUACGAUUCUGAAACAGAUGAAUGUGAUCCACCCGGCCGCAAAAAUGUUGGUCGAACUGUCCCGUGCACAGGACGUCGAGGCCGGCGAUGGCACCACAUCCGUCGUUGUGGUGGCCGGCGCUCUUCUUGAAGCGGUCGAAAAGCUCUUGCAGAUGGGUAUCCACCCCACGGCCAUCUCGGAAGCGUUCCAACGCUGCUCGGCCAAGGCUGUGGACAUUCUGACCGAAAUGUCGCGCCCCAUAGAGUUGAAUGAUCGCGAGUCACUGGUCAAGAGCGCAUCGACGUCGCUCAACUCGAAAGUUGUUUCGCAGCAUAGCAGCAUGCUUGCCCCGCUCGCAGUCGAUGCUGUGUUGAAAGUUACCGAGCCGAACGCACAGGGAUCCGUGGAUCUGAAGAACAUUAAAAUUAUUCGCAGCCUUGGCGGUACCAUUGAGGACACGGAGCUGAUUGAUGGGUUGGUGUUCACACAACGAUCGUCGGGCGUGAACGGUCCCAAGCGAGUGGAGAAAGCUAAAAUUGGUCUCAUUCAAUUCUGCAUUUCUGCUCCCAAGACGGACAUGGAUCAUAGCGUAAUCGUAUCGGACUAUGCCGCGAUGGAUCGCGUACUUAAGGAGGAACGUGCGUACAUUCUGAACAUCGUGAAGCAGAUUAAAAAGUCUGGUUGCAACGUCUUGCUGGUACAGAAGUCGAUCCUUCGCGAUGCCGUUUCCGAUCUGGCUCAGCAUUUCCUGGACAAAAUCAAGGUCAUGGUUGUGAAGGAUAUCGAGCGUGAGGACAUUGAAUUUGUCUGCAAGACACUUAAGUGCCGCCCAAUUGCAUCGCUGGAUCAUUUCGUCGCCGAAAGUUUGGUAAACGCCGAUCUGGUGGAGGAAGUGGCCAGUGGCUCGACAAAAUUCGUCAAAGUGACUGGCAUUCAAAACAUGGGCCAAACGGUGUCGAUUGUUGUUCGUGGAUCGAACAAACUGGUCCUGGAGGAAGCUGACCGUUCGCUGCACGAUGCUCUCUGCGUCAUCCGGUGUUUGGUCAAGAAACGUGCACUGAUUGCCGGUGGUGGUGCCCCAGAAAUUGAGAUGGCACUUCAGCUGGCCGCGUACGCUCAAACACAGCAAGGUGUGGAUGCAUAUUGCUUCCGCGCUUUUGCCAAUGCGCUUGAGGUGAUUCCUUCUACCUUGGCGGAAAAUGCAGGACUAAACCCUAUUGCUACCGUUACGGAGCUUCGCAACCGUCACGCCCAAGGCGAGAAGAAUGCGGGAAUUAACGUACGUAAGGGAGCAAUCACGGACAUUCUGGCGGAGAACGUGGUGCAGCCGCUCUUGGUCUCCAUUUCAUCGAUAACGCUGGCGUCUGAGACGGUUCGUUCCAUUUUGAAAAUAGACGACAUCAUUAACACCAUGCAGUAGAUGCGCGGGUCCAGCUUUGAGCAACGGAAGGAAGCAUCUAUUUGAAUCGCAUUAUUAACUCCGUGAUUGCUGCAUACACAUUUUCACACCAAACUCACCAUUCGCCGCGUCCUAACUCGCUGCUACUAACUCAACUUCGCACCUACACAUUAGUUUCUUUGAAAUGCGAUACCUUUUCAUUUGCAAAGGAAACAUCGAACACAUCAAUCGAUUGUUUGUAAUGUUUGUAUUCUCUUAAUAAACGAAAAAAUAAGUAUUA